CCAAAAAACCAAAAGGGUUAUACACCCCGCCCGCUUCCCAGUGAGAAAUAGAAAGAAAUGGAAUGAAGUUGGGUGAUUGUGUGACACAGCGUUAGAGAGAGAGAAACAAACGAAAACCAAAUAUAUAAGUGCAGUCUACACACGAGAACAGCUUACUGAUUUACAUUUUCUGUGACGCAGCAGGGAAUGCGUUUUGUAAACAUCGUGUGUGAAGAAGGGAGCAAGCAAUAGAGACAGCCUAGAAGAAAAGGCGAAACAAAUCAACUCAAAGAGACUGAAUCACUGAAUACGUUUAAGUUCAAGUGAAUACACUGUCUGGCAAUGGAUUAUGUAGCUGGGUGUCUCGGAGGUGCUGUAGGUGUCCUUGUUGGGCACCCCUUUGACACGGUCAAGGUCCGACUUCAGGUUCAAAAUGUAGACAAGCCCUUGUAUCGUGGGACUUUCCACUGCUUCCAGUCGAUUGUACGACAGGAGUCUGUUCUGGGUCUGUACAAAGGCAUCGGCUCCCCUAUGAUGGGCCUGACCUUCAUCAACGCCAUCGUGUUCGGGGUGCAGGGCAACGUGAUGCGGCAGCUGGGGCAGGACAGCCCGCUGAACCAUUUCCUCGCGGGGUCGGCCGCGGGCACCAUACAGUGCAUCAUCUGCUGCCCCAUGGAGCUGGCCAAGACGCGCAUGCAGAUGCAGGGCACCGGCGAGUACAAGUCCAAGAGGAAGCACUACAAGAACUCCCUGGAUUGCCUGGUGCGGAUCUACAGGAAGGAAGGGGUACGAGGGAUCAACCGCGGCAUGCUGACCACUCUAGCCCGCGAGACGCCCGCCUUCGGGUUCUACUUCCUCACCUACGACUGCCUGACGCGCUCCCUGGGCUGUGAGCCCGACGACCCUUACAUUAUUCCCAAGCUCCUGUUCGCAGGGGGCAUGUCCGGGACAGCGUCCUGGCUCUCCACUUACCCGGUGGAUGUGAUCAAGUCCAGGCUGCAGGCAGACGGGGUGGGCGGGGUGCCGCAGUACAACGGGAUCCUGGACUGUGUGCAACAGAGCUAUCGGAAGGAAGGCUGGAGGGUGUUCACCCGCGGCCUCACCUCCACUCUCCUGCGGGCAUUCCCGGUCAACGCAGCUACCUUCGCCACCGUCACGCUCUUCCUGAUGUACAUGAGAGGGGAGGGCGAGGGGGUGAAGGACUGCGAGCCGACCCCAGCAAUGCAGCAACCCCAGCCACAGCCACAGCAGUCCAGUUUGUGACUCUCCUCCUCAUCCUCACACUGCUGCUGCUGCAUCCGUCAGCUUGGUGAUGCUGGAGCUCUGUUACUGAUCUGGAGUUUUAGGGAGAAUUUUUUUUUUUUUUCUAAAAAUAUAUUUAAGUUUAAAACAGAUAGAAUUGUAUAGAUUAAAGUUUUAAGGCAGGUUUUUUGUUUCCUGUACAAAACAGUCUUGGAUUUUUACUAUUUCAAGGUCAGCCCCCCCUCAGCUUUAUAUUUUAUUUUAUUUUCAUUUUUUUGUAAUAUAGUGUUUCCUGUGCUGUACAGAAGUAACUCGUAUUGAUAUGAUUCAGGGCUGUACUGCUGUUAAAUAUUGUACAUUUGAUGCAACUGUGAAACCACAGCGAAACAUAAAUCACA